UUAGCCCCGCCUGUGUGUUGCCAUUAUCAUCCUGAUUUCCGAACAUUUUACUCCAUCUUUGCACAGUACAUGCUGAUGGCUGACGUUACAUUGCUAUCAGAUGAAUCACCAUCAUGUUCAAUCCCAACCAUCAGCCCUCAAACUUUGAGCGCCUCCCGAUUUCUGCCACCUGACACUCUUAUUCAUAUCUUCAAAUACUUACCAAUCUCUGCAACCCGAAAUGUAGCUUUAUGCAGCCGACGGUUCAAAGUAUUGGUAUACGAUGAUGAAAUAUGGGACGCCAAACUACGAUUGUUAGGAAUUGAUACGCCAAUUACUUUAUCGACAGAGCAAAACGAGGUCCAAGCCCUAUCAUGAUAUGUAGCACCAACAACAGGAAUAACCAAUCUUUCACUCAUGGGAACCAGCUCAAGCUUAUACAUCAAUAAUAAACCCCUCAACGAACUUAUACCCGGACUCAAGUUGGACCCUUUCACAGCACGAGCUCGAGCUCGGUCGACAGGGAAGGCAAGGGAAAUAUUUAGUCAAUUCUAUACUCGCCUCUAUCCUUUUUAUGUCGACCUACGACAUGCUUCCGGCGAAUCCAUGGUUCUUUCCGAAUAUGGUUCAGAACCAGAAGAGUGUGGUCGGAUACUCAGCAAAUUGGUUGGGUUAGGAAAGUGCAAAGUGGUAGAUGAUUGGAGCCAGUUGAAUGAUCAGGUCGAAAAGAUAUGCAGAUAUUUCGAGAACGCAUGCUUGCAUGAAUUUGAAGUUGCAUAUGAUGAUCAAGACGUAGAGCAAAUGCAGCGAUAUGCGACGGCUUUGGUAGAGCUCAAUGGUGGUCAAAGCUGCAUUCAGACAUUCAUACAAAAGCACUCCAUGUUUUACGAUAACCCCUUUCAACCUGAUGCCAACUUCAAGUCUACUCCACCAAACUUCCAGCCCUUCCAAGAAUUUAUGAAGGCUAUAAGUGAGGAACUCAAGGUUCAAGCGAGUGUAAUACAUGAUGUGUUUCCGCCCAAAGCCGAUGUUUACUAUAUAUUUGCUGAUAGAGUGUUUGAGGAUGUGAUUGCAGACUAUCUCGGUAUAGUCCUUGAGCGAGCACGGGCCAUCGACUUGCAACUAUAUCUAAAAGUCAUUGCUAGUAGCUUAGAUUCCUGCUUGGGGUUUGUUGAUAUCUUAACGUCAGAAACGCUACCGUCUCGACUAGAAGACGAACGAGCAAAGAAUAUCUUAUUCAAACUUUUUCUGCCCCUCAUGGACGAUUAUUUGCACGAUGAAAUUCAGUAUGUAAAACUGGCUUCUGAAAAGUAUAUAAACAAAUGGAAAUCGUCAACGUCAGGCAUGCAAGGUGUCUCAAGUUCCACCAUUUCGAAUCAGAACCGAGAGAGUUUUAAGCGGAAAUAUCUUUCAGCGUUCAAAAAGAUCGUCUCCGUACCAGUCGAACUUGUUUCAUCGGCUGCUACCAGCAUUAGUUCACCUUUUCAUAGCAGAGAUAGCAAAGGAGGGCACUCUCCAGAUGUUUCAAUUUCGACCAUCACGGUGGCAAAUUCAGAACCCACCACUCCGACCGAUACUCCAUCAUCUACACCUAGCAUCAACGAUGAAAAGGACGCCAAUCGGCUGUCGACGACACUUAUUAAUGAUGAAGUUGGGGAGAAAAAGAAGACACAGGUUGAUAACGUACGAAAGCGAUCCUCCUCGCACACUGGAUCACGGCCUAAUAGCAUGUCGUCUGUGCGGUCGGAUAAUGAACUGAACAAUGCUAUGCAUGAGCUUGACGCUCUUCAACAUCUCCUGAGUUUGGAGCUCUGCCUUCAGCUUAUUCAUGUCAACAAGGAUGCUGAGCAUCGAGUGCAACGCUUUGUCAAGGUUGGGUUUCCUGGAAGACUCAAAACUGAUAUUCAAAAGUGCGCAGAACAUGUGUUUACAGAUUUACUCAAAAUAAUGGGACCCAUGCAUAUUAAACCUGGGUUUGACAGAGCUGCCACACAUUUAGCGAAAUAUACCCCACAAGAAGAUGGCGAAAUCCGUGAUCGGACCGACGUCGCUCCACUUGCAGAGUUCUUUGAACUGGUACAUAUUGCUGAUCUGAUUCAGCAAAUGAUUGAAGUCUACUGGAAGGAAGAGAUGAACAAAAUUGUCGAUAAACACGAUUUCUUGAAUGAAGUCAAUAAGGAGAAAAAGUCAUUUGAACGCUUACUAGAUGACUGUGUGGCACAGGGCAUGGAUCAAGGCAUUCAGGUCCUCAUUGCUCAAGUACAAUACAUAUUAACAUCAGAGCAAAAGCCAAGCGACUAUAACCCGUCGCCAAAUGCUGUGACAGACCUUAAACCCUCCAAGGCUUGUAGAGACGCCAUUGAUUGCUUAAAAACACACACAGAAAUGCUCAAGGGAUCCGUGGAAAAAGAAACCAUGAACAUAUUUUACCAAGAAGUUGGCAAGCGGUUCUACGAGUGUUUAUGCAAGCAUAUUAAGCAACAAACCAUCAGUGAGCAAGGAGGGUUCCAAAUUAUAAGCGAUGUCAAUGCUUACGACAAUUACAUCCUUUCGCUCCGGCAGCGUACCAUCACACCCUAUUUUGCAGCUCUCAAAGCUCUGGCUAAUAUUUACAUCAUAUCCAACCCUAGCGAUAUCAAGGAUGUCAUCCAUGAUCUUGAACGAUACCAUGGAAUCCUCAGGAUAGAAGAUCUUUUCGAGUUUGCCGCUUGUCGAAGUGACUGGCCUACCAUUCGCCGAACGGUACAAAAGGACAUGACGGACUGUAACAUAAUGUAGAAAUCGCA